AUGGACGACAGAGCCGGCGCAGGGGAAGAGGCACUGGGGAGCGAGGAAACCACCGAAGACGACGAGGGAGACGAGGCAGAGGGCGGGGGAGAGGCACCACCCCUACAGCAGCAUCCAAAGCCCCCAUGGAAUCAACCGGCCGCAGAUGCACCUCCGCACCCACCGAACGACGAAGAACCGAAGCAGGAGGCUCCAGGUCCACAGAGCUCACCGGAGGAGCAGACAAACCAGAGCCAGACACGGCAGGGCCAGACGGAACGCCCACUGAAACCGCAGCAGGAACCAGGACAGAGAGAGGAUCUGCUGAGGAAACCCCACGCUCAGACAAGCAGGGAAAGUCACCCUCCAGGAAAACCGAAGGGACCUCAGCACGAGGAGCAUCACAGCCGGCGGCCACGUGGCCCUCAGCACCACACCGGAAACAGGUCCGUGUCUGGCCCUGAUAAAAGAUCCAUAGAGGGAGCCCACGAUACACAAUCCUGGACGGAAUAG